UAGCGUCCCUUGGAGCCCCGCCCCCAGGGCGUUCUGCGGCAGGCGGGGCGUGGCUUCGGCGGCGCGCAGUACCGUCCAGUCUGGAGCGCGCGGCCUUCUGCGUAGCCGGGCGGCGGGGGCGCGCUCGCUCGUCCUCACGCCUUCUCCGAGCUCUGUCACUCCCGCCGACUUCACGGACCCAGCGCUGCGGGGCCUGACGGCGCUGGGGAUACGGCGCGGAGAAGACAGACUGCUUCUAAAAAGUUGCUUGCUUCUCACCCUAAAUGCGGUCUGUCAGAACUUGGAGCCGGCUGCCCUGCUUUUGGAAAGGAGUCCCAUCCGUGGCCUCUUUGAGGUGCUGAAAACAUGGCCACUGCGAUUAGGGAUGUGGGCGUUUGGAGACAGACCAGAACACUUUUACUGAAAAAUUACUUAAUUAAAUGCAGAACCAAAAAAAGUAGUGUUCAGGAAAUUCUUUUUCCAUUAUUUUUUUUAUUUUGGCUAAUAUUAAUUAGCAUGAUGCAUCCAAAUAAGAAAUAUGAAGAAGUAUCUGAUAUAGAACUUAAUCCUAUGGACAAAUCUAUCCUUGCUAAUCUCAUUCUUGGAUAUACUCCAGUGACCAAUAUUACAAGCAACAUCAUGCAGAGAGUAUCUGUGGAUCAUCUUCCUGAUGUUAUAAUUACUGAAGAAUAUGAAAAUGAGAAAGAAAUGUUAGCAUCCAGUCUUUCUAAGUCCAGCAACUUUGUAGGUGUGGUUUUCAAAGAUGUUAUGUCCUAUGAACUCCGUUUCUUUCCUGAUAUGAUUCCGGUGACUUCUAUUUAUAUGGAUUCAAGAGCUGGCUGUUCAAAGUCGUGCGAGGCUGCCCAGUACUGGUCCUCAGGGUUCACAGUUUUACAGGCAUCCAUAGAUGCUGCCAUUAUACAGUUGAAGACAAACGUUUCUCUUUGGAAGGAGCUGGAAUCAACUAAAGCUGUUAUUAUGGGAGAAGCUGCUGUUGUAGAAAUAGAUGCCUUUCCUCGAGGAGUGAUUUUAAUAUAUCUAGUUAUAGCAUUUUCACCUUUUGGAUACUUUUUGGCAAUUCAUAUUGUAGCAGAAAAAGAAAAAAAGUUAAAGGAAUUUUUAAAGAUAAUGGGACUUCAUGACACUGCCUUUUGGCUCUCCUGGGUUCUUCUGUAUACAAGUUUGCUUUUCCUCAUGUCUCUUCUCAUGGCCGUCAUCGCCACAGCCUCUUCCUUAUUUCCUCAGAGCAGCAGCGUCGUGAUCUUUCUUCUGUUUUUCCUGUAUGGAUCAGCAUCUGUAUUUUUUGCUUUGAUGCUGACACCCCUUUUUAAAAAAUCAAAACAUGUGGGAAUAGUUGAAUUUUUUGUCACUGUGGCAUUUGGAUUUGUUGGUCUUUUGAUAGUCCUCAUGGAAAGUUUUCCCAAAUCAUUAGUGUGGCUUUUCAGCCCCUUCUGUCAGUGUACCUUUUUGAUUGGAAUUGCACAGGUCAUGCAUUUAGAAGAUUUUAAUGAAGGUGCUUUAUUUUCUAAUUUGACUGAAGGCCCAUAUCCUCUAAUUAUUGCUAUUAUCAUGCUAGCACUUGAUAGUAUAUUCUAUGUCCUCCUGGCUGUAUAUCUUGAUCAAGUCAUUCCAGGAGAAUUUGGCUUAAGGAGAUCAUCUUUAUACUUUUUAAAACCAUCAUAUUGGUCAAAAAACAAAAGAAAUUACAAGGAGUUAUCAGAGGGCAACAUUAAUGGGACUAUUAGUCUUAGUGAAAUUGUUGAGCCUGCUUCUUCGGAAUUUAUAGGAAAAGAAGCUAUAAGAAUAAUUGGCAUUCAGAAGACAUACAGAAAGAAAAAUGAAAAUGUGGAUGCUUUGAGAAACUUGUCAUUUGAUAUAUAUGAAGGUCAGAUCACUGCACUACUGGGUCACAGUGGGACAGGAAAAAGCACAUUGAUGAAUAUUCUUUGUGGAUUGUGCCCACCUUCUGAUGGGUUUGCUUCUAUUUAUGGACACAGAGUUGCUGAAAUAGAUGAAAUGUUUGAAGCACGAAAAAUGAUUGGCAUCUGCCCACAGUUAGAUAUAAACUUUGAUGUUUUAACAGUAGAAGAAAAUUUAUCAAUUUUGGCUUCAAUCAAAGGAAUACCAGCCAACAAUAUAAUACAAGAAGUGCAAAAAGUUUUGCUAGAUUUAGACAUGCAGGCCAUCAAAGAUAACCAAGCCAAAAAGUUAAGUGGUGGCCAAAAAAGAAAGCUGUCUUUAGGAAUUGCAGUUCUUGGGAACCCAAAGAUACUACUGCUAGAUGAGCCAACGGCAGGAAUGGACCCUUGUUCCCGUCACAUUGUUUGGAAUCUUUUAAAAUACAGAAAGGCUAAUAGAGUAACAGUGUUUAGUACUCAUUUCAUGGAUGAAGCUGACAUUCUUGCUGAUAGAAAAGCUGUGAUAUCACAAGGAAUGUUGAAAUGUGUUGGUUCUUCAAUUUUCCUCAAGAGUAAAUGGGGGACUGGCUACCGCCUGAGCAUGCACAUAGACAGAUACUGUGCUACGGAAUCUCUUUCUUCACUGGUUAUGCAACAUAUACCUGGAGCUGCUUUAUUGCAGCAGAAUGACCAACAACUUGUGUACAGCUUGCCUUUCAAAGACAUGGACAAAUUUUCAGGUUUGUUUUCUGCUUUAGACAUUCAUUCAAAUUUGGGUGUUAUUUCUUACGGUGUUUCCAUGACAACGUUGGAAGAUGUAUUCUUAAAGCUAGAAGUUGAAGCAGAAAUUGACCAAGCAGAUUACAGUGUAUUUACACAGCAGCCACCCGAGGAGGAAAUGGAUUCAAAGUCUUUUGAUGAAAUGGAACAGAGCUUACUCAUUCUUUCUGAAACCAAAGCUACUCUCAUGGGCACCAUGAGCCUUUGGAAACAGCAAAUGUCUGCAAUAGCAAAGUUUCACUUCCUUAUGUUGAAACGUGAGAGUAAAUCAGUGCGAUCAGUGUUGCUUCUGCUUUUAAUUUUUUUUGCGGUACAGAUUUUUAUGUUUUUGGUACAUCAUUCUUUCAAAAAUGCUGUGGUUCCCAUUAAACUCAUUCCAGACUUAUAUUUCCUAAAACCUGGAGAUAAGCCUCAUAAAUACAAAACAAGUCUGCUGCUUCAAAAUUCUACUGACUCAGAUAUCAGUGAUCUUAUUAACUUUUUCACACACCAGAACAUAAUGGUGACAAUGUUUAAUGAUAGUGACUAUGUAUCUGCUGCCCCUCAUAGCGCAGCUUUAAAUGUGGUGCAUUCAGAAAAGGACUAUAUUUUUACAGCUGUUUUCAACAGUACUAUGGUUUAUUCUUUACCAGUAAUGAUGAAUAUCAUCAGUAACUACUAUCUUUAUCGUUUGAAUGUGACAGAAGCUAUUCAGAUCUGGAGUACGCCAUUCAUUCAAGAAAUCACUGACAUAGUUUUUAAAGUUGAGCUGUACUUCCAAGCAGCUUUGCUUGGAGUCAUCGUUACUGCCAUGCCACCUUACUUUGCCAUGGAAAAUGCAGAGAAUCAUAAGAUCAAGGCUUACACUCAAUUUAAGCUUUCAGGUCUUUUGCCAUCUGCAUAUUGGAUUGGACAAGCCAUUGUGGAUAUUCCCUUGUUUUUUAUUGUUCUUACUUUGAUGUUAGGAAGUUUAUUUGCAUUUCAUCAUGGACUAUAUUUUUAUGCUUUAAAAGUCCUUGCUGUGGUUUUUUGCCUUAUAGGCUAUGUUCCAUCAGUUAUUCUGUUCACAUACGUUGCUUCAUUCACCUUUAAGAAAAUUUUAAAUACCAAAGAAUUUUGGUCAUUUAUCUAUUCUGUGACAGCAUUGGCUUGUAUUGCAAUCACUGAAAUAACUUUCUUUUUGGGAUACACAGUUACAGCUGUAUUUCAUUACACAUUUUGCAUAGCCAUUCCAAUCUACCCACUCCUAGGUUGCUUGAUUUCUUUCAUAAAGGGUUCUUGGAAGAAUAUACCCCAAAAUGAGAAUACCUAUGAUCCAUGGGAUAGGCUUUUAGUUGCUCUUAUAAUGCCCUACCUGCAGUGUGUACUAUGGAUUUUCCUCUUGCAACACUAUGAGAAAAAACAUGGAGGCAGAUCAAUAAGAAAGGAUCCCUUUUUCAGGACCCUCAGACCAAAGACCAAAAAUAAGAAGUUUCUGGAACCACCAAUCAUUGAAGAUGAAGAUGAAGAUGUCAAAGCUGAAAGACUAAAGGUCAAAGAGCUAAUGAGCUGCCAGUGUUGUGAGGAGAAGCCAGCCAUUAUGGUAAGCAGUUUGUAUAAAGAAUAUGAUGACAAGAAAGAUUUUCUUCAUUCACGGAAAGUAAAGAAAGUAGCGACUAAAUACAUCUCUUUCUGUGUGAAAAAAGGAGAGAUCUUGGGGCUGUUGGGUCCAAACGGUGCUGGCAAAAGCACAGUUAUUAAUAUCCUGGUUGGUGAUACUGAACCGACUGCAGGCCAGAUAUUUCUAGGAGAUUAUACUUCACAUUCAACUGAAGAUGAUGGCUCUGUUAAGUGUAUGGGUUACUGCCCUCAGAUAAACCCACUGUGGCCAGAUCUUACACUGCAAGAACAUUUUGAAAUUUAUGGAGCUGUGAAAGGAAUGAGUGCAAGUGACAUGAAAGAAGUUAUAAGUCGAAUAACAAAUGCCCUUGAUUUGAAAGACCAUCUUCAGAAAACUAUAAAGAAACUACCUGCAGGAAUCAAACGAAAGUUAUGUUUUGCUCUCAGUAUGCUUGGGAAUCCUCAGGUGACUCUCCUGGAUGAACCAUCCACAGGUAUGGACCCCAAAGCCAAACAGCACAUGUGGCGAGCAAUUCGAACUGCGUUUAAAAACAAAAAGCGGGCUGCUAUUCUGACUACUCAUUACAUGGAAGAGGCAGAGGCUGUCUGUGAUCGAGUGGCCAUUAUGGUGUCUGGGCAGUUAAGAUGUAUUGGAACAGUACAACAUCUAAAGAGUAAAUUUGGCAAAGGUUACUUUUUGGAAAUUAAAUUAAAGGACUGGAUAGAAAACCUGGAAAUAGACCGCCUUCAAAGAGAAAUUCAAUAUAUUUUCCCUAAUGCAAGCCGCCAAGAAAGUUUUUCUUCCAUUUUGGCUUACAAAAUUCCUAAAGAAGAUGUUCAGUCUCUUUCACAAUCUUUUUCAAAGCUGGAAGAAGCUAAACACACUUUUGCCAUUGAAGAGUAUAGCUUUUCUCAAGCAACACUGGAACAGGUUUUUGUAGAACUCACCAAAGAACAAGAGGAAGAAGACAAUAGUUGUGGGACUUUAAACAGCACACUUUGGUGGGAAAGAACACAGGAAGACAGAGUAGUAUUUUGAAUGUUUGUUGCCCUCUCUGUUUACUGAACUUAUUUAUUCUUCAUUUAUUUUAAUUUUGAUUUAAAAGUUUAUUGUUUGAAUAGUAACUGGAG